UUUCCGGCCUUCAAGAUGUCGAAGCGAGGACGUGGUGGGUCCUCCGGUGCAAAAUUCCGAAUUUCCCUGGGUCUUCCAGUAGGAGCCGUGAUCAAUUGUGCUGACAACACAGGAGCCAAAAAUCUGUACAUCAUCUCUGUGAAGGGGAUCAAGGGACGACUGAAUAGACUUCCUGCUGCUGGUGUGGGUGACAUGGUGAUGGCCACAGUCAAGAAAGGCAAACCAGAGCUCAGAAAGAAGGUACAUCCAGCAGUGGUAAUUCGACAACGAAAGUCAUACAGGAGAAAAGAUGGUGUGUUUCUUUAUUUUGAAGAUAAUGCGGGGGUCAUAGUAAAUAAUAAAGGGGAGAUGAAAGGUUCUGCCAUCACAGGACCAGUUGCAAAGGAGUGUGCAGACUUGUGGCCCAGGAUUGCAUCCAAUGCUGGGAGCAUUGCAUGAUUUCUUCAGUGUAUUUGUAAAAAAAAUCCAUUAAAAAUUAUUUGCUCCCAAUGCUUUCCUUUCUGCUCAUU